UCAGUGUUUGGCUUUGGUUUGACAAGUUUCCCCGACAGUCAUGGGGGUAGGAGUGAAGAGUUAGUGGGCACGUCAAAAAAAGUUGCAGCUCACUCUGCGCGUGUUUCAGGUAACUUGGGAUCGGACGCUUUUGGCAAAUGUAGGCGACGUAAUAAGUGUCCGAUUUUCUUCCUUCAAAGCGGUUCGAUAGCCAGUCAGCUCCACAUUAAGCCAGACACAGGAGACGAAGAUGAAUGACGUUAACUUGUCGUUUGACGAUGCUUCGUUGGAUAACCUGGAUCCAACACUGUCGCUCAAUGACCCCAGCGACAUCGACACGGCCCUCUUAAGCGACAUCGACGACAUGCUACAGCUCAUCAACAGCCAGGACAUGGAGUUUGGAGGACUUUUUGAUAACCCAUACACAGGGCCUCCUCCCACCCAAGAGCUUCCUGGUUUGACCCAGUCCAUCACCCCGACUGUCCCCCCAGCCGCCACUACCGUACCUCCGCCUUCCUCCUCAAUCCUUAGCAGUAGCCCCCACCUGGAUGCACUCCUGGGCCCUCCCAUCACCCGUAGUUCCUCCACCCCAGACAAGGCCUUCCAGCCUCCCACUUUCCAGAAGUCCCCCCUGGCCCAGGUGGCCAACUGCACCCAGAGGCAGCAUCCAACGUCUCUGCAGCUGGCUCCGAGCCUCAGACAGCCCCAGGUGGAGCAGCCCCAACCCAUUCUCAGCAGCCAGUCUGCCCCAGCCCAGGCAGCUUCACCGCAUGGCUCACCAGGACCGAACUCAGCUUUCAGCUCCAUGCCCCAGGCCCUCUUCGCCUCACCUGCACCCCAGACUCCGCCUGCACCCCAGACUCCACCCCAGCCUCAGCCCCAGCAGCAGCCCCAACCCCAGACCCAGCCACAGCUGCAGCCGCAGACACAACUUCAAGCCCAGGCUCAGUCCCAAAAGAUCCGGACCAACUUCAGCAGCCAAAACAGCUUCACAGCUGGCGGUCCCGGCAGUGUAAGCCAACCCGCUACCAGCUUGUCGUCCUCACCUCAAAGUGUUCAGCCAGUGACCAUUCAGACUCAGAUCCAAGGGCUGACUACCACUUCUCCUCUCCUGACUACGUCAGCAAGCCCGCCAGUUCAAGCCAUUGCACCCCACGUACAGCAAGUACCUGUGUUGCUGCAGCCCCAGUUCAUCAAGGCCGAUUCUCUGCUGCUGACCACUCUGAAGCAUGACCCCUGCAUUGUCACAACUGUGGCCUCUCCCACGUCCCUGGCCAACACCACCUCCGUACAGAGCGCUUCACUGCAGGCCUUCAUGGGCGGCGGCACCAUCCUGACCACGGUGCCUGUCAUGGUGGACGCUGAGAAGCUACCCAUCAACCGCAUCGCCAUCAGUAGCAAGACCACUGGGCUGCCGCACAAAGGCGAGAAGCGCACAGCACACAACGCCAUCGAGAAGCGCUACCGCUCCUCUAUUAAUGACAAAAUCAUCGAGCUCAAAGAUCUGGUGGCCGGCACUGAGGCCAAGCUCAACAAGUCUGCAGUGCUGAGGAAAGCCAUCGACUACAUCCGUUACCUGCAGCAGGCCAACCAGAAACUCAAGCAGGAGAACAUGGCUCUGAAAAUGGCAGCCCAGAAAAACAAGUCUCUCAAGGACCUGGUUGCCAUGGAGGUGGAUGGACAGGCUGAUGUGAAGAAUGAGCUGCCCACCCCGCCAGCCUCCGACGUGGGCUCCCCCACCUCUUUCUCACACUGUGGCAGUGACACUGAGCCUGACAGUCCGAUGGUGGAGGACACCAAGCCGAAUGUGGGCAUUGUAGACAGUUCGUCAGCAGGAGGUAGAGCUGCCGGCAUGUUGGACCGUUCCCGCAUGGCAUUGUGCGGCUUCACCUUCCUCUUCCUCUCCCUCAACCCUCUGGCAGCCCUGCUCUGCUCAUCUGGAAGCAGUUCACCCGGAAGCCCUGGAGCCUCCCAUCAUGCGGGAAGGAGCAUCCUGGGUGUGGAUAUUGCAGCGGACUCGUGGGGCUGGAUGGACUGGAUGCUGCCAACCAUACUGGUGUGGCUACUGAAUGGUAUUCUGGUUUCUGGGGUUCUGAUCCGACUGUUGGUGUAUGGAGAGCCUGUAACCAGACCACAUUCUGGAUCCUCUGUCUUGUUCUGGAGGCACCGCAAGCAGGCUGACCUGGACCUAGCUAGAGGAGAUUUUGCCCAGGCCAGUCAGAACCUGUGGACCUGUUUAAAGGCUCUCGGUCGUCCUUUACCCACCUCCCAGUUGGACCUGGCCUGCGCUGCACUCUGGUCCCUGCUAAGAUUCUGUCUCCAGCGCCUCUGGGUGGGCCGCUGGCUGGCUGCCAGGGCUGGAGGGCUGCGAUCUGAUCGCCCCCUGCAGGAGGACGCCUGCAAAAGCAGCCGUGACGCCGCCCUGGUUUACCACCGCCUGCACCAGCUACACAUGACAGGUAAGCUGAAUGGUAGCCACCUGUCAGCAGUGCACAUGGCUCUGAGUGCCGUGAACCUGGCAGAGUGUGCUGGCUCCUGCCUGCCCGUAGCCUCUCUGGCUGAGGUCUACGUCUCUGCAGCUCUACGGGUCAAAGCCAGCCUGCCAAGGAUCCUGCAUUUUACCUCCCGUGUAUUCCUGAGCAGUGCCCGCCAGGCGUGCCUGUCAUCCAGUGGCAGUGUGCCUCCAGCAAUGCAGUGGCUCUGUCACCCACUAGGUCACCGCUUCUUUGUGGAUGGGGAUUGGGCUAUUCGCAGCACACCUAGAGAAAGCAUCUACAGCCAGGCUGGCAAUACUGUGGAUCCCCUGGCCCAGGUGACCCAGGCAUUCAGAGAACACCUCCUGGAGAAGGCUCUAUAUUGUGUGGCCCAGCCUCAUGAAGAGAAAAGCCCCAGCCAGGGCGAGGGGGAGUAUGCUGACGCCCUGGAGUACCUCCAACUGUUGAUUAGUGCAUCAGAUGCGGCUGGUGCCACCUCCCAGUCCUUUGCUAUUGGUUCCAACAUGGCUACUGUGACUGGCUGCGACCCCCACUCCAAGUGGUGGUCCUCUGUUGCUGUGGUGAUCAUCAACUGGCUCCAAGGAGAUGACGCUGCGGCGGAGAGACUGUAUCCGACUGUGGAGCACUUGCCCCGCAGUUUGCAGAACGCAGAGAGUCUUCUGCCCAAUUCGUGUCUGAACACAUUCAGGGCGGUGAGGGCUCUGCUGUCCAAGCCAGAAAACUGCCAGUUGAGUCUGAGCUACAGCGACAAGGCCAGCUCCCUGCUCCGAGACAGCCUCAACCUAGGACCACACUGCCACAGCUCCAGUUUAGACAAGGUUGUCCAGCUGCUCUUGUGUGACCUCCUGUUGGUGAUGAGGACCAAUGUGUGGCGUCUGCAGCAGGGGGCCGGUCCUGCGUGGUCAGGGUUGGUAGGUACCAGUGGCCCCACAGGGGUCCACCAGGCCUCCCCACCAGAGCUCCAAGGCUUUCAGCAGGAUCUAAGCUCUCUUCGCAAGCUGGCGCACAGCUUCAGGCCUGCAAUGCGAAGAUUGUUCCUUCAUGAAGCUACAGCCAGGCUGAUGGCAGGGGCCAGUCCCACCCGCACACAUCAGCUGCUGGAUCGCUCGCUGCGACGAAGAGCUACGCCCGGAGCCAAGACAGAAGAGUGCGAGACGCGGCCAGGCCAGCGAGAGCAGGCGGAGGCCGUGAUGCUGGCGUGCCGUUACCUUCCUCCCUCCUUUCUGUCGGCUCCCGGCCAAAGGGUGGGCAUGCUGGCGGACGCAGCCCGCACCCUGGAGAAGCUGGGAGACAAGAGGACCCUCCACGACUGCCAGCAAAUGAUCAUCAAGCUGGGCAGUGGUACCACUGUCACCAACAGCUAGACAGAAAGAAGGGGGGGGGGAGCGCGAGAGACAAGCAUGGACAUUGUAUAUAAGAAACAUCUCUGACAUACAAAAACACACAGAUACAGAAAAGAAACAUGUCCCCACAGACACACAACCAUACUGUCUCUGUCAUUUUGGCGCGCAGCUAUUGAACAGAUUUAAUAAAUUAUACAGAUUCAUAUCAAGCUGUCAAGAUUUUCUUCAUGGAUUGUUCCUCCCACCACCCCACCACCCCAACCUCACAGUAGGAGGCACUUCUUGUCACACUCUUGUUUCUGUGGAUUAUUACCAGAAUAUAUGAAGCAUUUUGCUCUCUAACCGAGCUGAAUCUCCCGCUGUGAGAAUGCAUUGCAGUGCCACAGUUUGACCACAGAGAGGAGCCACCGUGGGUGUGUGUGUGUGUGUGUAUGUGUGUGUGUGUGUGUGUGUGUGUGUGUGUGUGUGUGUGUGUGUGUGUGUGUGUGUGAGAAGCCUAACAGAGAUGUUUGCCCUGCAUUUAUUCAGAAUAGCCCCAGCCCCUGAUCUUUUUGUCAUAGAUGCACUUUCUACAGGCAGGAGUGCCCAGUUGGGUUGGAGUGGCGGGCUGCUCUGAUUGGCUGCAGAGUGAGGAGUCUGUCGUUCGUGGGAGGAAAACGACCAAACCCGGAUUGGUCCGACCGUGGGCUUGUUCAGUGGGAAGCCACUCAGCAGGUUGUUCAAAUAUUGUUUAAAAAGUUAAUUUGAAUCAUGUAUUUCAAAUGAUAAUCUGAUGCGUGGUGAGCCACUGCACAAGCUCUGUCUCUACCUGCACUAGCCCUACAAGGCUGAAUUAAAUGAGAUGAGUAAUAAAAUGGCUUUAUGAGGUUAUUUUCAUUGAGAUCGUUGUUGUUUUUUGCUAUGUAAAUAUUUUAAAAAUGUAUUUAUAAUCUAAACAUUUGAUUAAGCAGUAUUUUGCAUAAGCAGAGUGAUGAAUGCUUUUCUUCCUUCAAACCUGUUUUUAUUUGGUAGCUUUUACCGGGGUCCUAAUAACAUAGUUACUGUACUGCCAUGGCGACGAGUUUCAAAGUGGAGACGGUAUCAAGUUAUUUGCGUCACAUUGUCUGACUCAGUUGACCUUUUGCACUGUUGCACACGUAUGCAACUAUGGUAUCAAAAGAAAUUGGCAGCGUCCAAUUCAGGCAUCGCCAACCCGACAACUCAAAACUGUAACGUGAACCUUUGGCACUUUUGUUACAUGAGUCAUGCAGACAACAAAAUAAUUGACAAUUUUUUUUCCAAAGAGGGCCUAUUCUAUAGUGAAUCUUCUGGUUUUCCUUUGUAACAUACUUGCUGUCUAAGUCAUUAUAGUUUCAUGCACCUAUAGAACCACCGUUUAUUGAUGUUUACAGGAAUGUAAAAAACAAACUUUGGCAUGUCCUUUUUUUCCCAGGACCAGUAUGUUUUUAUAGUGUGUCACUAAUGUGAAUGACUGAAAGACCAUUGGAUUGAGAUGAAUGAGAGCCAUGUCUAAAGGUAUUAUUCAUGUGUCCUUUUUAACAUCUGUUCAUCUCUUCCUUGUUCUUUGGUUUCAUCCUUUUAUGAUGUAAAUAUUAAAGCAUUUUGUAAAGAAGACUA